UCCGAAAAUUGUUAAUUGUCUGCUAACUUCAAGAUCAUUUAAUUAUGAUACUGAACUUAGCCGACGUCUGAUAAUUUUUGAAUUUUUUCAAGUGAUAGAUUAUAAAAAAAAAAAUUUUGAAAAAUUGCACCUACAGCUUUUUUAAUUCUCUACAAGUGCAUAUUUUUAGUUUCUUUUUUUUUGUAUUUAAUUUGUAGAAAAAAAAAUUAAAUAAAAUACUCAUUAAAAAUUUUCAUUUUUAUAAAUAAAAAAAAACCAGCUGAUAUUUUGCAUGAGAAAUAUUUAUCUAGGAAUUUAAUUUUUUUUUACAAAUCCGCCGUAGUAUGAAACUCUUCACUCACAAAUUUUUAAAUCGUAAUUUCUUUAUUUAACUAUCAGAUUACAAGCGAUAAGACUGAAUUUUUCGGAACCCGUUUUACUACGUACUCAAAAUUCACUACAAAUAUAUCAACAUAUUUGUAACUAUGACCAAUCAAAUAAAUAUUUUACUGUACAUCAGUAAGAAAAAUAAAUUUUCCAAUUGUCGAUUGUUAAAUAAUUCAGUGCAGCUCAGGACUUUGAGUUGGAAACUUUGUAAUUGUAAUAUAUAUAUAAUUAGCAAUAGUUAUUAUAAUUGUCAAUAAAUAUCAAUUAAAAUUAUUACUCAGUGAUAUUUAUAUAUUUUCAUUCAAAUUUGCAUCCCAAUUCUUAUAUAUAUUUAUGUAUAAAUAGUGACUGUCAUUUAUUUAAAAAAAAAAAAUGGAAGCCGAAUGGAGAAGACGAGUGAGAUAUGAGUAUAAAAAAAUAAUUAAAUUAAGAGAAAUAAAACACGAGUACAAAAUUAAAAAUGCGUGGAAAGAAAAUGAAACUCAGCUUAGACAUGACACUAUUGAGCUACAAAAUAAAUGGGCUGGUAAAAAUAAUGUGUGGGAAGUUGGCCAGGAAUUGGAACCGAAUGAUUCUGGUUGUAAAGUGAAAGCUAUACUUGUAUGGCCGAUAGUUGAAGUCCAGGAAUGUCCCAUUGUUGAGAUAAAUCCAGUGACGACUAUUCCGAAUUCGUAUAUAUGGACGUCGAUAAGAAAAAAUAUCAGCGUGCGAGAUGAAACAGUUCUUCCACAUGUUCCGUAUAUGGGAGAUGAAGUUUUUAAUGACAAUGACAAUUUUCUUGAGGACUUGCUAAAACAUUACAAUGGCAAGGUACACGGGAAAUCGGCUGCUUUGGACGACGACUUAUUUUUAGAUCUUGUUAACGCUUUGACGAUUUACGAAAAUACUUCACCCCAAAAACUUCCAAAGAAGCGGAAAUUUAUCAAUCCAGCUAACAAUGAUAAUAAUGAAAUUGUUGUCAAUUUAAUGAGAUUGCCGUCGAUUAAUAUCUUCAACGCGAUAUCAGAAAUUUUCAUUGAUAAAGGGACACCAGAAGACUUUAUGAAUAAAUAUAUACGUUUAGUAGAACGUUCAGAUCCUAGUCUAUCAGCAACAAGGAGUACACCGAACAUCGAUAGUGACGAGAGCAAAAGUUUAUCGAGAGAGCAAUCCUUGCAGUCCUACCAGAAACUUUUUUGCAGGAGAUGCUUACAGUACAACUGUUUUACUCACCGCCCCGACAGCUGUUCAGUCUCAAAAAUUCCUAUUGGCCCUCGGCUUGAAUUGUCCUCUGUACCUUGCAGUAGUGAAUGUUACCUACUUAUCAGAGAGGUACAAAAAACCCUAGAUGUAAUUAAUACAAAAAAAGUGACAGUUGGUGAAGCCGAGGUUUUUGGUGAAUUUGAAAAAUUGCAAAUAGAUAAAAAUCCAAGAAACGAUUCUAAUAACAAUGAAGAAGCGUCAGAUAAUCAAAGUAGUUACGAUGAAAGCGAACAAAGUUUCGAAAAUAAUGAUGAGCAGACUGGAAUAAUGGGAGAAGAAACGCAAGACGUUGAAGUAAAUAAACACUCGUCGUUUACAUUACCGGAGAUUGAUGAGGAUGAGUACAGAGAAAUAUGGACGGGUGCGGAAGAGACUCUUUUUCGCGCACUGUAUCCACUGUUCCCGGGCAAUCCAUGUGCGAUAGCUCACAUAAUUCUUACAAAAACAUGUCAAGAUGUGUACAAGUUUUCAUUUAAAGAAGGCCAUGAAAUACCACCAGACGAAAUAGAGGAGCUCAGUCUUCCACGUGCGCAAAAGAAAAGACGAGGACUGUGGGAGAUACGGAGCAAAAAGAAACAGCUGAUGAAAAAUAACGAUACGAGUUAUUUAUGCAGCUACAAACCGUGCGAUCAUCCGGGUGAGGAAUGUGACGACUCUUGUACGUGUGUGCAGUCGCAGAAUUUUUGCGAAAAGUACUGCAAGUGUUCAAGGGAAUGUCUGAAUAGAUACCCCGGUUGUAAUUGUAAGAUAAAGUGUAACACCAAACAGUGCCCUUGUUACAUGGCCCUACGCGAAUGCGAUCCAGAUCUGUGUCAAACUUGCGGCGCAGAUCAGUUCCACGUCACUCAGACAUUAUGUAAAAAUGUGAACAUACAGCGCGGGCUGCAUAAGCAUCUUCUGAUGGGACCCUCGGACGUCGCCGGCUGGGGAGUUUUUCUCAAGGAGUCUGCGGUUAAGAACGAAUUUAUAUCUGAGUACUGCGGAGAGAUCAUCAGUCAAGAUGAGGCCGAUAGAAGAGGGAAAGUCUACGACAAGUACAUGUGCAGUUUUCUGUUCAAUCUUAACAAUGACUUUGUGAUUGACGCGAUGCGCAAAGGAAACAAAAUAAGGUUCGCAAACCACUCGACAAAACCCAACUGCUGCGCAAAAGUUAUGAUGGUAAAUGGCGACCACAGGAUCGGAAUCUAUGCCAAGCGAGCGAUACAACCCGGAGAAGAAUUAUUCUUAGACUACAGAUACGGGAACACCGAGCAACUGAAAUUCCGCGGAAUCGAACGUGGAAACCCGCAUUCAAACCAGUCUUCCUAAGGAAAUUUUCAAAUCCUCCCGUAAUAAAACGUCUAACCGAGGGUGUUUUGCCCAUCAAUUAUUUUUCACAGUUACCAACUACUGAGACGACCCGCAUAGAUUAAUUGCGUCACAAAAUAUACCAGUUACCCCAAUAAAUUAAUUAAUUAAUUUCAUUUACUAGCUGCCGAAACAAUAAAAGACCAGGGUGUCAGUUACAUAAAUGAUAAAUUAAAUAAAUACAUUUAUAUAUGACUCCAAUUAUUAUCAUAAUAAUAAUGAUUUUUUCUUCACUGUAUUGAUAUAAAUAAAUAGCCAGACAAUGAACUUAAA